AUGUGCCACGUGAUCGUGACCUGUCGCUCCAUGCUGUGGACUCUACUCAGCAUCGUGGCCGCCUUCGGCGAGCUCAUCGCCUUCAUGAGCACCGAUUGGCUGGUGGGCUUCCCCCGGACUCCGGACGCCGUCUUCGGCCCUCAUGGUGCCACGGCGGCUGGCGAGGCCUACCGGCCCACCCUGGGCAUCUACGGCCGCUGCAUCAAGCUGCCCCACCUGCGGCGCGGCGUGCUGUGUGGGCCGUACGCCGUGCACUUUGGGGAGAUCGCCAGCGGGUUCUGGCAGGCAGCAUCCAUCUUCCUGGCGGCGGGGAUCCUGCUACUGUGUGCCGUGGCCUUCAUCUCUGUCUUUACCAUGUGCUUCCAGAGCAUCAUGAAGAAGAGCAUCUUCAACGUGUGUGGACUGCUGCAGGCCAUCGCAGGUGAGACUGAAAGAGGUUGCUGCUUGCAGUAUUGCAUUGCCUGUUGAUUGGUUGUAGUUUUGUCUGGGCUGUUCAGUAGUUAGACACAGUUAACUGACUGUUAAACACCUGGAAUAGAGAGAGAGAGGGGCUUGUGGAGGGGUGUGUUCCGUUUGAACAGCCAACAUUCAAACCCAUCCAUCUAACCUUUGGUGCUGCUGUCCACCUCUUCAGAGUUUAAACCUUUACUAACUAGAGCAAUCAGACCCCACUGACCACACACAAACACAUGCACGUGUACACACACACAUACAUACAUACACACAGGCCCCCGAGAGUGCAUUAACUCUUUCUCCCAGCGUCCUCUCUGUGUGUUCGAGGUGAUCAUUAACCCUAUAGGUCAAGGGUCAGGGAACCAUGGCAGCCUUCAGCAACAAGGGCCCAAAUAUUUGUCCUCUUGAGUCAGCUGGGGAUGAUGUCAUGUGACCUGUGUGGUGUGUGCGCGUGAAUGUGUAUCUGUGUAUGACUCUCAAGCCGCUUUGACCUGCUGUGGUGAAUUAUGGAGGGAGGAGGCGGUCAUUGGAGAGAGUGAGGUUAUUCCGCCUGAAUCUCUCUCUCAGAGCUCUCAUCCCUCUCUCCUCUCCUCCCCUGUACUCGUUCCAUAGACUCUGUCAGGAGUAGGUCAGAAACUAGUUGCCCUACAGACACUGAUCUACUGUAAGAUUAGUUUGAUGCGUUUUCACAUUAGUCGUUAAAGUUCGAAUCUGGCGACUGCUACACUGGUGGACAGUUACCACAAUGUAAUUGAGACCUAGUGAAAGUGACAAUCAGAGGAUGUCCUCAACUGGACUGAUUAGAAGAACAGAACUGCUCAUUAAGGGUCUGUGGGUCGUCGGGAGGAAGAGGAUGAGAAUAAGGAAGAGGAAAGGGGAAACCAGAAAUAGCAGGGGGAUGUUUCCUUAAUGCCCUCAGCCUAGGGUUGAAUGGCGGGAACCCAGUUACCGAGAUUUACCGGGAUUUACCGCCCAAAACCACUCCCUAUUCCUGGGAUAAAUAACUGUGAGAAACCGUUAAAUUAUAAUAAAUUAUUGAUAUGAUGUCUAAAUGUGGCUUCUCUACAACAUCUGCAUGAUGAAUCAUCAACGCUCAGGGUGGGGACAGACAGCCCAUCUCAGUAUGGAGUGCAGUUCACAUUGCAUGUAGACCUAUCAUCUUAUAAUGGUAACUUUUUUCCUUGUGACAGGUACGGCUGCAUUUGCUGCAGCAUAGUCUAUGCUACAGUAAUAUAAAGACUGACUGAAUCUAAUCUCCAUCUGGCUUUCAGGGGACACCUUAUUUUUUAAUUGUAAAGAUGUUGUUGUUUUUUUUGCAGCUGCAGAGUUUUAAAACAGCCUAUCAUUUGAAUAUUUUUGCUUUCAAUCAGUGCACACGCGAGUUGUCUCUCGCAGUCUUUCUCCCUCUCCAUCAACUCCAUUCAAAUUGCAUCCAAAAUAGAUAAUCCUGUUUUAGAUUUAUAUGUAGCACUAUAUAUAGAUGUCCUGACCUACCUCUUUCAGGUAAUACAUUCUAUGCAGUAUUAGCUUUAUAUUUAGCUAAUUAAUGAUGGGUUAUGCAUAAUAAGAUUCUAACUUAUAGCCUCUGUCUCUUGCGCAAUACGCACGCACCUGUGCUCUGCUGGCCUCUCUCCUUAGAAAACGCUCCUUAGCUCUUGGAGUCACAUUCAGGAAAAGCUAGACUAGAAAAGCUUGCUGGACAUUUUUUUUUUUUGCAUUUCUUAUACCAAUAGACUAUUCGAAUAGGGACCAAGCUCUUGUUUGCUGAAUGUUAAAUACAGCAGCCAAUAGAACUCAAGGAUAGUUUGAAAGAAGAGCGAACACUCAAUGGCGGUAGGCUAUAGCAGUUAUUUAUUCAGACCCAUAACCAUUCAAUCUUUGUGAAGAGAAGAGAAAGCCUUCUGCAUCUAAUUCUAGUCCUAUAUUAUUGAAGAAUGUCAUUAGAAUGAUGAAGAUAAGGACAACACAACUUAUUUCAUUUAACUGUUAUCUCCACUGUCCCACGGAGGACUGUAGCAACAAUAGAGAGAGAAAGAGGAGGUAGAUUAAUAACAUUAACGGUAAUAUUAUGAAAGGUGUAUAUAUGCGUCAGCCUACUAAUAAUACGAAUAGGCCCUAUUAUAUUUCAAAAUAAAAAUGAAAUUAGCUAGCCUAUACUUCUAACUUUGUAGGCUGCAUGUGCUGCACCAGAAUCGCAUGUUCUCUCCCUGCCUUAUCAUGGUUUGAACGAUGUGCGUAAUUCCAGUCCCUAUAAUACAGUAUAAUACAAUACAGUACAGUAAUACAGUUCACACUCAAAAAGAUCAUAUACAGUGGGGAGAAAAAGUAUUUAGUCAGCCACCAAUUGUGCAAGUUCUCCCACUUAAAAAGAUGAGAGAGGCCUGUAAUUUUCAUCAUAGGUACACGUCAACUAUGACAGACAAAAUGAGGAAAAAAAAUCCAGAUAAUCACAUUGUAGGAUUUUUUAUGAAUUUAUUUGCAAAUUAUGGUGGAAAAUAAGUAUUUGGUCAAUAACAAAAGUUUCUCAAUACUUUGUUAUAUACCCUUUGUUGGCAAUGACACAGGUCAAACGUUUUCUGUAAGUCUUCACAAGGUUUUCACACACUGUUGCUGGUAUUUUGGCCCAUUCCUCCAUGCAGAUCUCCUCUAGAGCAGUGAUGUUUUGGGGCUGUCGCUGGGCAACACAGACUUUCAACUCCCUCCAAUGAUUUUCUAUGGGGUUGAGAUCUGGAGACUGGCUAGGCCACUCCAGGACCUUGAAAUGCUUCUUACGAAGCCACUCCUUCGUUGCCCGGGCGGUGUGUUUGGGAUCAUUGUCAUGCUGAAAGACCCAGCCACGUUUCAUCUUCAAUGCCCUUGCUGAUGGAAGGAGGUUUUCACUCAGAAUCUCACGAUACAUGGCCCCAUUCAUUCUUUCCUUUACACGGAUCAGUCGUCCUGGUCCCUUUGCAGAAAAACAGCCCCAAAGCAUGAUGUUUCCACCCCCAUGCUUCACAGUAGGUAUGGUGUUCUUUGGAUGCAACUCAGCAUUCUUUGUCUUCCAAACACAACGAGUUGAGUUUUUACCAAAAAGUUAUAUUUUGGUUUCAUCUGACCAUAUGACAUUCUCCCAAUCCUCUUCUGGAUCAUCCAAAUGCACUCUAGCAAACUUCAGACGGGCCUGGACAUGUACUGGCUUAAGCAGGGGGACACGUCUGGCACUGCAGGAUUUGAGUUCCUGGCGGCGUAGUGUGUUACUGAUGGUAGGCUUUGUUACUUUGGUCCCAGCUCUCUGCAGGUCAUUCACUAGGUCCCCCGUGUGGUUCUGGGAUUUUUGCUCACCGUUCUUGUGAUCAUUUUGACCCCACGGGGUGAGAUCUUGCGUGGAGCCCCAGAUCGAGGGAGAUUAUCAGUGGUCUUGUAUGUCUUCCAUUUCCUAAUAAUUGCUCCCACAAUUGAUUUCUUCAAACCAAGCUGCUUACCUAUUGCAGAUUCAGUCUUCCCAGCCUGGUGCAGGUCUACAAUUUUGUUUCUGGUGUCCUUUGACAGCUCUUUGGUCUUGGCCAUAGUGGAGUUUGGAGUGUGACUGUUUGAGGUUGUGGACAGGUGUCUUUUAUACUGAUAACAAGUUCAAACAGGUGCCAUUAAUACAGGUAACGAGUGGAGGACAGAGGAGCCUCUUAAAGAAGAAGUUACAGGUCUGUGAGAGCCAGAAAUCUUGCUUGUUUGUAGGUGACCAAAUACUUAUUUUCCACCAUAAUUUGCAAAUAAAUUCAUUAAAAAUCCUACAAUGUGAUUUUCUGGAUUUUUUUUUCUCAUUUUGUCUGUCAUAGUUGACGUAUACCUAUGAUGAAAAUUACAGGCCUCUCUCAUCUUUUUAAGUGGGAGAACUUGCACAAUUGGUGGCUGACUAAAUACUUUUUAUCCCCCACUGUAGCUAGCUACAUCUAUGGGCUUUUAUGUUUUUCUCUUGUGCGUAAUGUGCAGUAGCCUGUAUCAUAUAUGUAUUGGAUAAUGGCACAAUCAUUCUGGCUUUUUUGUGCUUGGGCUCAUUAAAUGUCUUUAAUGUAGGGCUCAUAAAAUGUAUUUAAUGUAUGGCUCAUCAGGCUCAAGUAGCAUCAGGCUGUUGAAUGACACUUCCGGUUUUUGGUUACCCGGGAGAAAAGUCAUUUAUUCUCGGGAUGGAACAUUUGUAAAAUACCAGGAAAAUAUUCAGCCCUGCCUCAGCCCUCAGCCCCUUGUCUGAACUGACUGGUCAUUAACCAUCUCCCUGACUACAGAAAGGGAUAAAGACCAACACACACAGCAGCGACACCACACCAAGCAGUGGUCAGUGUUGGUAUUUUUCCUCCACCUCCACAUGUGUCCUAGACGAGAGGGAUGGAAAAGUCUGUAGUUUCUCCGCCAGGCAGAGUUCUGAGAUAUCACCAUAUCACUUUGUCAUCUCUCUCCCCCUCUCUCUCCCUCUCUCCAUCUCUUCCUCUCUCCUUUCUGCCAGUUUGACUUUCCUCCAAUCAACAUUUCCACUAAGUGUGCCGACCGACCGGAAUGGUCCCGUAAUGUGACCGUAACUGGGAUCAGGUGGCAGAUGUUUUGGGAACUGCUUGACCUCAGGGGAGAGAUUGUGUUUCUGUAGCCAGCGGUGGUCACAUCAUCUCACUGGAGUCAUCAGAGUGGUCCUGAUUCUAUUAACCACAUUUAUACACACUAAUGUCAUAUUGGGAAGGUUUUAUCUCUAAAAUGAAUCAAUUGGAGAUGUAAUGUAACUAGCCAAGUGUUUAAGGCCAGACCAAGGUGGGUUUUUUCUUCAGAAAGGCAGUUAGCGACAAGAAGACUAACAAACAGCAGGUAGUUAAACCGUCUCCAGGUCUACAGCUGGGAGUGUCAUAAUAUCAUUUUACUGCCGCCAUAAACUCUCCCUCCCAGCUCCAACCAACCAGCCAGCCAACCAGACGACAAGCCAAAUUCAGCCAUGAUGAGUCAUAGGACUGUCACACAGAUGGCUUUUGACCUGGGCGCUAGCUGUGGGUUAAUGGCAGAUGGGAAUGUGACAGUGAUCCAGUAAACAGAAAAGGAAAUGCAAUAAUGAUACAGCGUGAAUAUGACUGUUACAGGACUGAUUGACAGAUGAGAAUGACUGUAUUGGAACAGUCUGAUCAUGAUGAAUAGUCUAAGUCUAGAUGUUACUAUUGUUGAGCAAACAGAGAAAGCAGAAGUACAAUACCGGGUCGGGACGGGUGUUACUGGAAAUGUAUCUGAUUACCGAAGCAAAGGUAUGAGAUGUUGGUCAAUCACAACCAGUGUCGACAAUAGAGGUAUGUGGGUGAGAGAUAAAGGGAGAGCGAUAUAUUGAGAGAUGGCGAGAUAGAGUGUUUACAACCGUAGUGUGGAUGUAUAAGAAAUAAAGGCAUAGAAAGAGAGAAUGAGGGGGAGAAUGAGUGAGAAAGAGAGAGAGAGAAGAAAGAGAGAGAGUGAGAGUCGGGUGAAAGGAAGUGCGUUGUAGAUAAGGCUGAUAGAUAUGAAUGGAAAGUCCGGUCCAUGGUCACGGUGCAUAUUACUGUAAUCCUGAAUCAGGCCUGUAGGACUUCCUACCAACAGAACAGUACCAGAACAGAAUGACUGCGUGGAAGGAAUCAGGAUAUAAUAUAGGUCCCUAUUAUUCCCUGUUCUUCUAUUACACUACAGUCCUCCAUGGGACAGUGGAGAUAAACAGAGAGGAACAAUACAGUUUUACACUACAGUCCUCCGUGGGACAGUGGAGAUAAACAGAUAGGAACAAUACAGUUUUACACUACAGUCAUCCGUGGGACAGUGGAGAUAAACAGAGAGGAACAAUACAGUUUUACACUACAGUCCUCCGUGGGACAGUGGAGCUAAACAGAGAGGAACAAUACAGUUUUACACUACAGUCCUCCGUGGGACAGUGGAGCUAAACAGAGAGGAACAAUACAGUUUUACACUACAGUCCUCCGUGGGACAGUGGAGAUAAACAGAGAGGAACAAUACCGUUUUACACUACGUCUCUCCGUUGGACAGUGGAGCUAAAACAGAGAGGAACAAUACAGUUUUACACUACAGUCCUCCGUGGGACAGUGGAGCUAAACAGAGAGGAACAAUACAGUUUUACACUACAGGCCUCCGUGGGACAGUGGAGAUAAACAGAGAGGAACAAUACAGUUUUACACUACAGUCCUCCGUGGGACAGUGGAGAUAAACAGAGCAGAACAAUACAGUUUUACACUACAGUCCUUCGUGGGACAGUGGAGAUAAACAGAGAGGAACAAUAUAGUUUUACACUACAGUCCUCCGUGAGACAGUGGAGAUAAAUUGAGAGGAACAAUACAGUUUUACACUACAGUCCUCCGUGGGACAGUGGAGCUAAACAGAGAGGAACAAUACAGUUUUACACUACAGUCCUCCGUGGGACAGUGGAGCUAAACAGAGAGGAACAAUACAGUUUUACACUACAGUCCUCCGUGGGACAGUGGAGAUAAACGAGAGGAACAUACGUUUACAUACAGUCCUCCUGGGACAGUGGACAAACAGAGAGAACAAUACAGUUACACUACAGUCCUCCGUGGGACAGUGGAGCUAAACAGAGAGGAACAAUACAGUUUUACACUACAGUCCUCCGUGGGACAGUGGAGCCAAAUAGAGCGAAACACAAACCUCCCCCAGGUUUCCCAUAGAAACAACAUGUCCUCUCUGUCUCACCCACUCUCUAACUGUUGAAACCAUUCUCUUAACUCUAUAGGGCAGAGGUGGCCAACCCUCCUGCAGAGAUACUGGGAAUGCAGGCUUUUGCUCCGGCCCUGCUCUAACACACCUGAUUUGUUCAGAGGAGCAGCGGAAGCGUAAAGUCAGUUUAGUUGUUGAUGAGAGUGUCUUUAGAAGCCAGCAGACCUAGACCGAGACACUCUUGGCUUACGGUCCUACCUGACAAUCAUAGCAGUCUGGACGUUUCCAGUGAGAGACCUCCUCCGCUCUCUCCCUCUUCGCUUUUUCCAUCACACUCUAUUAUGUGAGCCACCACCUUGAUUCGGUCCUAUGUAGCAAAAUUUGAAAUUGUGUUUUUUACACUGGAUAAAUGUAGAGACUCAGAGCUAGAAUAUGGUAUAUCAUACGCUGCAGUUGAGGAACAAUGGGAAAGUAAUUCUGCUUUGAAAGUUGAUAAACUCUUGAGAGAAUUGGCCCUUGAAUGUUUUGGCACACCUACUGGAGAGCUCUUCUUUGUCUACACCCAUUCAGCAUCGUUCACACCCUCUUAAGCCUUAGCCCCACCCAUCUCUUUAAGGAUUCCCAUGUGAGGCUGUGUGCUAAACAGAGUGAGUAGUGUAGUAAACAACCAAAGAUUUUCAAGACUUAAAGUGGUAAAAGCAGUAGCCUACAAUAAGAAAACCUCCAGGUAAAAGUACACUUUAUCGGGGCCUCCCAAGUGGCGCAGCGGUCUAAGGCACUGCAUCGCAGUGCUUGAGGCAUAACUACAGACCCAGGUUUGUUCCCAGGCUGUGUCACAACUGGCCGUGACAGGGAGUCCCAAAGGGCGGCACACAAUUCGCCCAGCAUCGUCCGGGCUAGGGGAGGGUUUGGCCGGGGGGGCUUUACUUGGCUCAUCGCGCUCUAGCGAUUCCUUGUGGCGGGCCAGGCGCCUGCAGGCUGACUUCGGUCGUUAGUUGAACAGUGUUUCCUCCAAAAUGUUGGUGCAGCUGGCUUCCAGGUUAAUGGCGGUGUUAAGCCUUUGGCUCAUGUUUCGCGCAUUCAGCGACCUCUCCCGAGCCCGUUGGGGCAGUUGCAGCGCAUGACUCCUCCACUGUCUGCAAAGCCUCAUCAUCCAGUACUUGCUCUUUAAGGACUGAAUAGAGGAUCUUUUUCACCAGUCGGAUCAACCUCUCCCAUACCCCCCCAUGGUGGGCUCCAGAGGGAGGGUUGAAUGACCAUGUCACUCCUUCCUUCAGUAAUUUAUUUUGAAUCUUGUUGUGAUCCAGCUCUUUCAGAGCUUCUCCUAGCUCUCUGUGUGUUCCAACAAAGUUGGUGCCAUUGUCUGUUCUGAUACUUGUUACUGGGCCCCUUCGACAGAUGAACCUGCGCAGGGCAUUGAUGCAGGAAUCAGUAUCCAGAUAACUAGCAACUUCUAGAUGGACAGCUCGACUCACAAGGCAAGUAAAGAUCAAACCAUACCGCUUCACAUGAACGCGGCCUCGCUUCACCUCUAUGGGGCCAAAGUAAUCUAUGCCCACAUGGGUGAAAGGCGGCAAAUCAGGUGCUACCCGAUCUUGUGGAAGGUCAGCCAUCUUCUGUUCCCCAGCUCUAGCUUGCAUCCGCCUGCAGAAGACACAGCUCUUAAGGAUCUUCCUUGCUAAGGAGUUGGCACAGGGUAUCCAAUAUCGCUGGCGAAGUCUAGAAAGCAUGUGACCUCUCCCAGAGUGGCCAACCUGCUCAUGGAUGUGGAGUAAGAUCAGUCUGGAGAUGUAGGAGUCUUUGGGCAGGAUCAUAGGAUUCUUUAGUUCCGUAGGCAUAGCAGCUUUGCUUAACCUUCCUCCUACUCUCAGAAUGCCAUUGUCAACUAUUGGAUCAAGCUUACAGAUUGAGCCGCUUCUCUUGGCACAUUGUUUUCCUUUUACAACUAGUGCAAUUUCUUGUUUAAAGUGCUGUCGUUGCUCAAAUCGAAUGAUGACCUUUUCUGCUUCAUCUAGGUCAUCUACAGACAGACUUUCUUUUCCAAACGUCAGUUUGAACUUGUCAAUUUGUUCCUUCAGUGAGUUUGUCAGACUCUGAUCUGAUCCUGGAUCAGUUUGGGUGAGAACUUUCCUUUUCUGGCUUAACUGUAGUAGAAGUCUCUUCAGUUUCAGCAUCCAGGCAACUGCUUUCUUCAAGCUGUUCCAUGUUGAAUAGUACUCAAUCAGUUUGCUGGUCGGACUCUUUUCUUCCACACAUGUACUGUUUACGAUGACGUCUUUUCUCACCUCUGGAUCAUCUGGAGGGAUGGAGCCAAGCUCCUCGGGGACUUUCGGCCAUUGUGUUUCUGUUUUCUCCAGGAAUUCUGGUCCUUUGCGCCAUCUCUUUGAGUUCAGGAAAGUUUCAACAUGUAAUCCUCUUGAGGCAUCAUCGGCUGGGUUGUGUUUGGAGUUCAAAUACCUCCACUGUUUUGCUUUCAGAUGAAGCAGAUGGUUCGGAGUCAGGGGUUCUAGAUCGUUAGGGUCAUUUGUUACAGUAGUGAUUGUUAAAUGUAAUGCCCCUUUAGACCUCCUUUAAUCUUUAAAAACACAGUCAUCCAUUUCAGCAUAUUGACCCAUUUUGAAUUGCACAUGUGCAAGUUUGGCAUUUUAGAUGCGUUUUAAACAUUUCAUCCCGUUGAGGUUUUGUCCCUUUAAUGAAGUUUUAACACGCAGUAUCUUUAGAUCCUUAAGUUGCAUUCGUUGCGUUGAUGGAUUGCAUUUCCACGUUAGGCCAAAUAUUAGAUAUAUGAUUAGGCUACAUUGUGCAUAGGAUCUGUGUUUCCCAAACUUAAACUUCUUAAUUGUUUUCACAGCGCUGUAUUUUGAAUUCCAUUCCCAAGUUUAUCAAACAUUCCAAUUAUAAGCACAUUUGCGCUUCCAUAAUAUGCAUGAUCAAACGAUCGCCUUGAACAGGGCAGCUCAUUCAUUCGCAGUGGUUACUCACGGCUGGCGAAAUCUAGGAGUUCAAAUCCUUCCAAGCGAGCUGUCCUUAUGGUCCGAAUGCAAUUACAAAUAGAACAAAGUCCAGCGUGUGUCCGAACCGGAGAUUUCCUUCCGGUAGUAAUCCUUCACGGAGUUUUUUGACUUGAAUAUAUUCCGAAAUUGGGGAGAAAAAGGGGGUAAAAAAAAGAAAAGAAAAAAGUACACUUUAUCUAGUCCUUGGCCUAUAUCCUAAUCUGACUUUGGUGCAGGUCAUGUUGUUCUUCACAUUACUGUUUAUGGUAAACACACAUUAUAAAAUAAAUCUAUGUUUAUUUGUCACAUGCACAGUAUACAGAAGGUGUAAAUGGUACAGUGAAAUGGUUGCUUGUAUAUUUACGUAGUAGCAUGAUCAAAAACAGAAAGUGUCCAGAUAUAAAUAUUUUAUAAAUAUUUUAUAAUUAUUAUAUGACGCUUACCUAAAUUGAUGGGUCAUGUGAAAUAAAUUCUAUAACCACCCCCCAGCCACAUCUAGGUAAGUGGAUGGGUCACUGUUGUCUAGACAUGUACACAUGUUCAUGAAAUACAAUAGAUGGCUGUAAUCACCCCCAGACACACCUGGCCAACUUGAUGGGUCAUGUAAUCAUCUGGCGAAGUGGAGUCUUUUGUUUAGACAAGUAGCUAGCUAGCUAGCUAAACAAUGAACCAGCAUAAUCCCAACUCAUACUACUACCAAUACAAACUGAUUGUCAUAGCUGUAGUAUGAAUUCGCAGGUAGCUAAAGCUAACCAACUAGGUUCAAUGUUAGCUAGCUAGCUAACAUUAGGCUAUAACUAGCAAUGCAAAUGUGUUUCUGAUUCGAAUAAUAUUACUACACAGAUCAUUCACGUAACGUUAACUAGCGAGCCAGCAAGCUAACGUUUGCUAGCUAGCUAACAGUACGCUUUAACUUGCAAUGAAAACUACUUUCUGACAAAAUUUGAAAUGUAUAAUAUCUGAAAAUGUAGCUAGACUCUUACCCGUAUACAUGGAUGAACGCUUCACGGCAGACUGGAACCAUUUAACUCUGUUUUGUUUGUAGUUACAUCUUGUUUGGCCAGCGUUGUGUCAAGUCACUCUGGUUCACACUGACCAUGGCGUGUGCAUAAAGUAGCCCAUCACAACUUUUUCCAACUGAUCUGUCGAUAGCGCCUGUUAAAUUCAGGGCAUUAAUGUUGUUGAGAAAAGUAGCAAAACUUUUGUAGUUCUCAAAUGGCUAAUGUUAUAUCUUUCAAAAACGCUGUGGUAGAAAGGAUUGUCAACACAUACUGAGCAGCUCACGUUAUAGACAGAAGCAUGCUACAUGGCAGACCAAUCCAAAGACAUCUCCCGGCAUGUCCAGCCCACCCAUUAUCUCAGCCAAUUAUGGCUAGCGGGAAGGUUCCUGUCUUUUUCCGUGGCUAAACCAACUAGGCUCGUAAUUUAACCAUUUUAUUCAUAUUUACAGAUGGAGUACAAGUUUGUUAUUAAGGCACAUGAAAGUUCACAUGUUCCAGAAGGCAUUUCUGCCCAAAAACGCAUUUUGAUAAAAAAUAUUUUAAAAAAGACGUUCAAAUGCCUCUCCUGUGAAGUAGUGACGUGCGAGAUACGCCUAGCUUCCUGAAACUGGUCACAUAUGUGUGGAGAGGAAAUAAAUAUGUACCUCUGGCUCUUAUAGUCUGUUGCGGUACGUUUACACCAUUUCCUGGAGCUGAGGGAAGGUGGAUACCCAAAUUGUCUGGGAACCAUGGUCGGGGAGUGGAGGGGUACAGGCGGGGUAGAGGGGUUUUGACACAGAGAGGGGUGAAAGAGUAUGCAGGGGUACCCCACCUAGAGAUGUAGAGGAAGAGAGCACAGAAAGAGAGGAGGCUAUGGAGACAGUUGGAGACGAAUGGUUAAUAUACAGGCCAGGUUGCAGAAGGAGGCAAGCAGUUAAUAUUCACAGGAUGCAGGAUAUUCAGUUGAAGUGGACUGGGAUAUUAGGUUAAGGGUCCAGUGGGUAGAGGGAUUUCUUUAGAGGGGGUUGUAUGUGUGUGUAUGUAUGUAUGUGUGUGUGUGUGUGUGUGUGUGUGUGUGUGUGUGUAUUGGGGGUGUUGUAGAAUUGAAACCAUACCUCCAGUCCAUCACCAGAGCUGCUCUGACCGUUAAGGCAAUGCAGUAACAUGUGGAAAGAAUUUAUGACCUACUUUUCAUUUCCGUGUUUAAUACGAUAUUGGUCUGCUCUGAGGGAGAGACAGAGAGGGAGAAAGAGAGAGAGGGAUAAAGCUGGUGUCGGCAUUGCACUCUUGUUUUUCAUCUCCUGAAGGAGCAAGUGAGCAGGGCAGGGGCAGAGGGAGGGAAGGAGGGAGGGAAGGAGGUUUAGAGUGCUGGUCUGGUGUAGAGGUGCAGGAGCUCUCUCUGUCUCGCUCUCUGUCUGUGUCUCCCUCUCGCUCUCUCUCUCUCUCUCUCUCUCUCUCUCUCUCUCUCUCUCUCUCUCUCUCUCUCUCUCUCCUCUCUCUCUCUCUCUCUCUCUCUCUCUCUCUGUGUGUGUCUCUGUCUCUCUGUCUGUCUGUCUCUCUCGGUGUCUCUGUCUCUCUGUGUCUCUCUCUCUCUCUCUCUCGUAAUAUGUGCCUGUAGACAUAUUGUAGUUACAGAGCUCCCAGUCUAGACUCUAGUGGACAUCCAGUACUACUAUUGUAGUUCCACUAACGGAGCUCCCAGUCGUCUAGUAGUAGACUUCGAAUAUUGUAGUUUCAGAGCAUCUCCUGGUGUGUGUCAAAGCCUGAACUAGAAAUAGGGUCACUGCCUUUUCCUAUAACGUCAUUGUUGAGUAUGGUGAUGGUGGAAGAAGUAUCCUGGGCCUGUACAAGGAUACAGUGAUAUUGAACACAGACUACAUGCAUUGUCUCCACUUCACUGGGUCAUAUUAGGGAUUGGGUGAAGGUUUCUCUUGCUACUACUGAGCAGGCCUCUAUUAGGCUCUCCUCUAGGUUCUGCUGUUGUACAGGGGUGUUGAAACAGAAUCCAUGUGCUGUUAGAAGUGGAAUAUUGUACAGUGCAGGGGUGUUGGAACAUAAUCGGUGUGGUGUUAGAAGUGGAAUAUUGUACAGUGCAGGGGUGUUGGAAGUGGGUCCCAGACCCACAGAAGUGGCUUCAUCCUUCAGCAGAGAGAGACACAGGAAGCUGAGACACAGGAUUAGUCGGUUAGUUCAGUGAUGGGGGUGGGGGGGGUCGAACCCCUCUGGCUACCUUUUCCUGUUGUUUAGCUGUUGUAACCCCAGGUCACACAUUUUGCGAUACCCCCAGGGAUCCAGAGCUGACAGCAGGGUCGUAUUGUGCCAUAACCCCAGAGUCGUAUUGUGCCUUAACCCCCGGGUUGCAUUGUGCUGUAACCUCAGGGUCGUGACGUGGGGACACGUUUGGGGAAAGACAGGUAUCAAGCCUUUUUGCGGCAAUGAGAGUUGACACUGGCCAGGUGAAUUGUUGGAAUGAAACAGAGUAGGAGUCCCAUUUGAAAAGAGAUGGCAAAGGAAAUCAUUUUAGCCAGUAUAAUAUUUUUGACCAACGGGAAAUUAGAAUGCAAACGUGUUAUUGAAACAGGAAAUGUUUUGAUACCAGAGAAUGUCCUGUGGAUGGACUUUAGAGAAUGUGUUGUCAUUAUUCCACUAUUUUUUUAAGCUACCUUUCAAACACACAUUUCAAUCAGUCACACAUAAUAACUGUUGAUUUGUUUGCUGCGUGUAGGUCUAUUAUGAACUAACAGUGCCUUUCUCUCCACUCUCUCUGGCCCAGGUCUGUUUCUGAUCCUGGGUCUGAUGCUGUACCCUGCAGGCUGGGGUUCAGACAAGGUGCAGCUGUACUGUGGUCAGGACGCGGCUCCCUACCAGGCGGGGCUGUGCACCAUGGGCUGGGCCUUCUACACAGCCAUGGGAGGCACCGUGCUCACCUUCAUCUGCGCUGUGUUCUCAGCCCAGGCCGAGAUCGCCACGUCCUCAGACAAGGUGCAGGAGGAGAUCGAGGAGGGCAAGAGCCUCAUCUGCCUGCUCUAA